AUGUCACACACUCCAUUGAGUAAGAAACAGAAAGUUGUCUCUGAUGAAGAGCGGAUUACUCCAAACCAGAAUGAGCAAGACAACGAUAAGACGCAUCCAGAAGUCACAGCAUCUUCAUUUUUAAAAUCUCAUACCCCAAGAAAGCUGCUACUUGGCUCUGCAGAUAACAAGUAUGUCCUAUCUCAGCCGAUAAUAUCGUCAUCAAGUCAUGGUUCAUCGUCGUUACAAGUUCCCAAUCUGCAGCCACCAUUAUCUCAACCAUCCCGUGGCCGUGAUAAGAAGGCUUACUCUCAGUCUCCCCCAAGAUCCCCUGGUAGAUCACCCGUUAGAAAGUUAGAAUUGAUCCAGUUAUCACCAAUUAAGAACAAUAGAAUUGAAUUGCAAAAAUUGUAUAAUUCUAAGAAUCAAAAUAAAGUUAGAUUAUACAUAGAUAAGUUGGUUUUGCAGGAUUUCAAAUCAUAUGCAGGUACACAGAUUGUUGGUCCAUUCAAUACGAGUUUUUCUGCAAUCGUUGGUCCAAAUGGUUCUGGGAAAUCAAAUGUGAUUGACUCAAUGUUAUUCGUCUUUGGUUUCCGUGCUAAUAAGAUGAGGCAGGAUCGAUUGGGAGAUCUUAUUCAUAAAUCAGAAGCAUUUCCAAACAUACAGUCCUGUUCCGUAGAAGUACAUUUUCAAUACGUUAUUGAUGAAAAUGAUGGUACAAGUAAAAUCAUCGAAGAUAGGAAGCCUCUCGUGGUAAUGAGAAAGGCGUUCAAAAAUAAUUCUUCCAAAUAUUAUAUCAACGGUAAAGAAAGUAAUUAUACUGAAGUGACAAGGCUGCUUAAAGAAGAAGGCAUUGAUCUAGAUCAUAAGAGAUUCCUGAUCCUACAAGGUGAAGUAGAAAAUAUUGCUCAAAUGAAGGCCAAAGCAGAAAAGGAAGGAGAUGACGGUCUAUUAGAAUAUCUAGAAGAUAUUAUUGGCACAAGUAAGUACAAGACUUUAAUUGAGGAUAAAAUGGUUGAAAUUGAAGCUUUGAAUGAAAUUUGUGUUGAAAAAGAGAAAAGAUUUGAAAUUGUAGAAACUGAGAAAAAUUCUUUGGAAAGUGAUAAAGACGCUGCUUUGGAAUUUAUAGCGAAAGAAAAGCAAUUGACUCUUUUAAGAUCAAAACUUACUCAAUACAAGCUGUAUCAAACCAAUACAAAGCUUGCUACGACUUUGGAUAAGAUUUCCAAUUUCAAAAAUGCAUUGCAGGAAGAGAGAUCAAAAUAUGAAAAGAUUCAAAGUGAAAUAGAUCAAUCAACCAGGGAGUUAAGGGAAGCCAAUGAAAAAAUUAAUGCUUCUGUGGCCCAAGAACGAGAGCUAGUCCAAAAGAAAAGAGAAUACGACGGCCAAUGUGUUUCGAUGGAGGAGAGAAUCAAAAAUUUAACCCAGAAAAAGACCAAAGCUGAGAAAACACUACACGAUAAAAGGAUUGAAAUACAAAAAAAUGAGUCUAUAUUAAAAGAUUUACAAGAUUAUCAGAUGAAUUACGAUAGUGAAUUUAGUAAUUUGCAAAAGGAGCUUGAUAAGGAACGUUCCAAGUUGGAUGAUAUCAAACUAUCAUUGAAAGAUAAAACGAAGGAUAUUUCGUCACAAAUUUCUCUGUAUGAAAAAGAUAUUGAACCAUGGGUUUCUAAAAUUCAAGAAAAACAGGUACAAAUUCAAUUGGCAGAAUCUGAAAUCUCCUUAUUGAAAGAAUCACAAGCCAAAUUAAAGGAAGGACUAGGGUCUUUGAAAGUUGAAAUAGAUGACGUUAGAAAGGAAAUCGACAAUAAGAACAGUAUCAUUGAAAAUCUCAAAAAGGAACAAGUAUCUCUCAAAAAAGAAGUGUCCUUAGGUGAAUCCGAAUGCUCAAGGGCUAAAGAAAAGGAGAAAGAAAUGCGGGUAAUAUUGAACUCGCAUAGACAACGUGCAAUUGAUGCGCGCUCAGCAUUACAUAUGGCUGAAAAUAAAAGUACUGUUCUUUCAGCACUUACAAGGCUACAAAAAUCAGGCCGUAUAAAUGGGUUCCAUGGUAGAUUGGGUGACUUAGGUGUCAUUGCAGAUAAGUAUGACAUCGCUAUAUCUACUGCAUGUUCACGACUGGAUGAUAUUGUGGUCGACUCUGUAGAAUGCGGCCAGCAAUGCAUUGAAUAUUUGCGUAAAAAUAAACUAGGUUAUGCUCGAUUCAUACUUUUGGAUAAAUUGAGAAAUUUUCAAUUGGGCCAACUUCAAACACCAGAAAAUGUUCUUCGAUUAUUCGAUUUGGUCCAACCAAUUGAUUUAAAAUUUUCUAAUGCCUUUUAUAGCGUUCUUAGAGAUACACUUGUCGCUACUGAUAUAAGACAAGCUAACAGAGUAGCCUAUGGGAAAAGAAGAUAUAGAGUUGUAACUUUAGAUGGUAAACUGAUCGAUAUUUCGGGUACUAUGACUGGUGGUGGCUCUCAUGUUUCCAAAGGGUUGAUGAAAUUAAAAAAUAGCAAUAUGGAGCACCUGGAAGUCUAUGAAGCAGGUGAUGUUGAAAAGAUUGAAAGAGACCUAGCUGAAAGAGAGAACAAUUUUAAAAUUGCACACGAUACUUUACAAGAAAUGAACAACGAAUUGAAACGCCUACAGGACAAAGAACCCGAAAUUGAACUGGAAAUUGCUAAACUGUUAAUGGACGUGGACUCUUUGAACGAUCAACUGAACUUGAAGGAGCAGCAAUUGAAGGAACUAGAAAAGAAUUAUACAGAUGUUAUUAAUAAAAAGGACCCGCUUGAUAGAGCAGAAGCUUUUUUGCAGACAUUGCGCAACGAACAUAGAGCAUUAGAAGAUCAAUCACAAAGCAAAAAGGAGAAAAUCAACACCUUGAAAGAAGAAAUAAUGAAAAUUGGAGGGAAAGAAUUACAAAUUCAGAAUUCAAAAGUCAGUUCCUUGACUGAAAGGAUUGGCAUAGUAAAUGCAAAGCACAAGAAAGAUAAAGCCACAAUCAAAAGAACAGAAAAGGAGCUUCAGAAAGUGCAAAGGUUGUUCAAACAAGCUGAAUUGGAUAAUACGGCUUGUGUAAAUGAUUUAGAGACCCUCCAAACAAACGUCAUAGCUAUUAGAACUCGCCUACAAGAAACCGAGGCAGAGUUUGAUAUAAUCUUGAAUGAAAAAGAUGAUUUAACAGGCCAGUGUGAAUCUUUGAAGGAAAAGAUAAAAGAUAUGGAAGAAUCCAUGAAUGAGUAUAAGUCUUUCGAAAUAGAAAUAAAAAAUAAACUUGAAAAGCUGAAUUCUUUGCUCGAUUACUGUAAAAAGGAUAUCAGGUCUUUAAAUCAAGAACUUCAAAGUUACCAUGUAAGAGACGUUACUCAGAGUUUAGAAAAAAUUCAGAAUGAAAAUGCGAAUAAUAGUGUUGGUGUUAAACAAAGUUCCAAUAAUCUAGAUGUCUCAAGUAGUCACACUCCGAAUGUGGAUAAGCAUGAUGAUGAAAUCUCUAUGGAAGAUGCGGACAAUGACAGCCAGAAUGAAAUAGAGGAAAAAGAGCAAGAUGCAGAUAUCAUGGAUCUUGACAAUGUCACAGAGGAAGUGUCUAAGGGUAUCCCAAAGCUUACAGAUGAUGACUUGAAAUCUAUUGACCUAGAUUCACUGGAAUCUGAGAUUAAUCAAUUACAGGACUAUGUUGAAAAUUCUAAUGCAGACAUUGAACUCUUGGAGGAGUACAUCAGAAGAUUGGAAGAAUUCAAAAAGAGAAAACUGGAUUUGAAUACAACAGUAGCGAGACGAGAUGAGGUGAGAGAUGAACUUGAAAAAUUGAAGAAAACGCGUCAUGACGAAUUUAUGGAGGGCUUCAGCAUCAUUUCAUUAACUUUAAAAGAGAUGUAUCAAAUGAUCACAAUGGGAGGAAAUGCAGAAUUAGAGUUGGUCGACAGUUUAGAUCCAUUCUCUGAAGGUGUGACAUUUAGUGUGAUGCCUCCUAAGAAGAGUUGGAGAAAUAUCACCAACUUAUCCGGUGGUGAAAAAACGCUAAGUUCUUUAGCUUUGGUUUUUGCCCUUCAUAAGUAUAAGCCCACCCCUCUUUAUGUGAUGGAUGAAAUUGAUGCUGCUUUGGAUUUUAGGAAUGUUUCCAUUGUUGCUAACUAUAUCAAGGAACGAACUAAAAAUGCCCAAUUUAUCGUGAUUUCUUUGAGAAACAACAUGUUUGAGCUUGCGCAGCAACUAGUUGGAAUCUAUAAGAGAAGCAAUAUGACUCAAAGUGCCACCUUGAAAAACAAGGACAUACUCAAUUGUUGA